UAGGUUUAGUGUCUCUGCUCACAGGAACACGUAGCCGCAGGAGAAAUAAAACAGUACAGGAGGCUGAACAAGUUUUGAAAGAGCGAAGAAUUAAUCAGAAGCUUAAAGAUGGACCUUCAGCUUCCUCCUCACAAGGGUGACGCGCUCUCGGUGGUCGACAUGCACACGGGCGGAGAGCCUUUACGGAUCAUUUUCAGUGGCUACCCAGAGGUCAAAGGUGACAGCGUUCUCUCCAAGAGGCGAUACGUCCGGGAGCAUCUGGACCACCUGAGGAAGGUGCUGAUGUACGAGCCGCGUGGACACUAUGACAUGUACGGGGCCCUGAUUGUGGACAGCGAGCUGCCUGAAGCUGAUCUGGGGGUCCUGUUCAUGCACAAUGAGGGGUACAGCACCAUGUGUGGACACGCCGUCAUUGCCCUGGGACGCUACGCUGUGGACUACAAACUGGUGAAAGAACCACAGGCCCCAGAGACACAGGUGAACAUUCACUGCCCCUGCGGGCUGGUGAAGGCGUUUGUUGAGUACUCUGGCGGUAAAACAGGAGGGGUGAGGUUCCUCAGUGUGCCAGCCUUUGCUUUCGCCACAGGUGUGAGUGUGAAAGUGGAGGGGUUUGGUGACGUAACCGUUGAUAUCAGCUAUGGAGGAGCUUUCUACGCCUUUGUGAACGCCCAGACAUUCGGCCUCGAUGUGACCAAGUCCAGGACUCGAGAUCUGGUGGACGCAGCCACAGCAGUGACAAACGCUGUCAAAGCUCAGGUGAAGUUGCACCAUCCAACCAGUGACGAUUUAGCUUUUCUCUACGGCACCAUCCUCACAGACGGCAAAGAUGAUUAUUCCUCUGAUCCCACUGCAAACAUCUGUGUGUUUGCAGAAGCUCAGGUGGACCGGAGCCCCACUGGUUCUGGUGUCACGGCUCGAGUGGCUCUUCAGUAUCACAAAGGUCUGAUCCAGUUGAAUAAGAUCAGGACGUUUGAGAGUGGAGCCACCGGAUCCCAGUUUACAGGGAGAGCUGUUGAGGAGACCAAGUGUGGAGACUUCAAGGCUGUCGUGGUGGAAGUUGCUGGCAGAGCGUUCUACACAGGAGUUUCACACUUUGUUCAGGAGCCUGAGGACAAACUGACGCAUGGUUUCCUACUGAAAUGAGACUCAAUUACAUGUCGGGUUUUAAAACAAAUGAAGAAUAAAAAAAUCUCAAAGACUUUCAAAUCAGAA